AACUGAGGGGAGGGGAAUCGAGCCCAAGCAGCAGGGAGGGACUUCGCAGGCUGGGCUCUCUGUGACUCUUUUGUACCUGUUUCUAUUCAUUUUAUACACUUUUUAUUCGACUGUUUUCCUAAAGCACUUUUAACACUCUGAUAUUCAGGCAUCGGGUGUUUUAUUUGAGUUUAAUUUCCUGUAGCUAGUUUGGUGACAGUGCAGGAAGUACCUCGAGUCUCGACGGCUCUGCAAAGAGAAACAAAAACACCAAACAGGUGAAUCGUCGGAGGAUAUUCAAUGCUACAGCUGUCAUCGUGAUCCCAAAUUAGACAUAGAAACACAUCUAUCUAGAUUUAUUCAGACGAUGACUGCUGUGCUGAAUAUCCAGAGGUUACUGGAAGCAGCCGAAUAUAUAGAAAGGAGAGAAAGAGAGUCUGAACACGGAUAUGCCUCGACCUUUCCGUCUAUUGAGCACUCCAGCUACCAGAGACAAAGGAAACUACGAAAUAAAAAGUGCAGCAACAAUCACAACAGGUCCACACACAAUGAGCUAGAGAAAAAUCGGCGAGCCCAUCUUCGCUUGUGUCUGGAGCGAUUGAAGGCUCUCAUCCCGCUGGGAGCAGAGUCCAGCCGUCACACCACUCUGGGGCUGCUCAACAAGGCCAAAGCACACAUAAAGAAACUGGAGGAAGCGGAGCGUAAGUCUCAGUAUCAGUUGGAGAGUUUGGAGCGAGAGAAGCGUCACCUCCAGAGGCGACUGGACCUGCUGCGGGACGGCGGGGGCGUGCUGGAGGGCGCGCUGGAGGGCGAGAGGAUACACACUGACAGCGUAGGCUCCACCCUCGGCUCCGACCGCUCCGACUCCGACCAAGACACAGAAGAGAUGGAGGUGGACGUGGAGAGCACAGAGUUCUCUCAUGGAGAGCUGGACAGCAUCAGCACAGCCAGCACCAGCGAUCUGGACGACCACAGCAGUCUACAGAGCACUGCCAGCGAUGAGGGCUACUCCUCCUGCAGCAUCAAACUGGCCUUCAGCUCAUAAAACCAGCUCCCCUUUACACACACACACACACUAUCCCAGCCCUCGAAAUGAGUCCUGCCUCCUAGGCACCUUUCCCUCCUCGACCAAUCAGAGACUCCUAUUUAAGUCAGGUGACCAGAACACCGCCCCUCCCCCAAUAGAAUGAAAGUUGGUGAAUGUAUCUAAAAGAAUACGAAUGAGAUGGAAACAAUCUGUGAUUGUGAUUUCAAUUGGGUUAGUAGAUGGUUUUAUUCCCCGAUAAAUGACUUUUCUGAUAAUUGUCGUUAUCUAAAACCCCUUUUUUCCGAAAAGGAAAGCUAAGAUGUAUAAAAAUAGAUGUAUUUAAUUUUUAAUCCAAACCCCUGAUUGUUAAUUCACUACAUGAAUGGGUCGUGAACUGGUCACUAGUGAAACAUUGACUUUAACCCACCCAAAUUGGAUGUGUGACUCCAUAUCAAACACCAGGAGCCCCACACCCGUUGAUUUCCUUCCCAUCCGCUCUAAUGUUUCUGACGAGGACUGUCAUUGGUGCUACGUGAAAAAACCAACAAAGCAGAAGUAUCUACUGCGUUCUUCAAAGACAACAGAAAAACUAUGAUCCCAUGGCUGUGGGAAUCUUUGGUGCAUCUAAACUGUGGAGCUACUUUCCACGCAGCAGCUAAAACCCAGCGAUCUUGCACUCGACCGCAUAGAGCCCUCCAUAGAGCUGGCCGAAAAAUAUCCACCCCUGUGUUUAACUCGACGUCUCUUCUGGCAAAAAUAAGCAAUAAACUCAUGUAUUCUGAACAACAAAUUAGCACUCCGACUCCUGAGACACAACGCUUGUGUCCGUCCAAACGAGCGACGCCAACGUGCGCAUUUUUGUACAUAAAUACGAUAGUUUAAUAAAUGAAAGUUGAAAAAGAAAAAGGUUAGUUACCCAUGGGUAGAAAUUGCCUCUGUUGCUGUAUGUCUUGUGUGCAUUUGAAAUUCUAUUUUUGCAAAGAUCGACUAUCUUCCUCUUGAGAGUCUUUCGCGGCGGCAUGGACAGUAUUAUUUGUUCAUUAUGCUGGAUGAAACCGUAGUAGUUUUAAUUCUGUGGCUGCCCGAGGAAUUCGACGACUUUUUAAAAAAAAACGAAACGGCCAGAAGAAAUCCAACACAUUGAAGUACUUAAAAUCGGACACACGAGAACGAGCGACCGCAGGCGUGCUAACUCUGAGUUGCGCUCUUUAUUUAUUCGAUUUAUGUUCAGAAUUGUAUUUCUUUGAAAGCUGAAAGGCAUUCCACUACUAGCAUCGUGCGCUGUGCACGUGGAGUGAGCGGCGCAUGCGCGGCAAAAAACUAAACAAAAAAAAAACGCAAAGCAUUCAGACUGCAUUAAAUUUCCUUAAUUCGUAUUUAUUUUCUCCCGUUCAUCCGAAAUCGGUGGAAAGGGUUAACUUAUUUCGCUCACCAUAUCUUUGAUGGCAUUCCCUUCCCUUUUAGCAAUUCCCAAAUCUCUUCUAAACCGCAAACUCACUCCGUCUGUGAUUUAUGAUUUGUAUUUUGAUAUUUUCUCCCUAAACGCAGAGCUGUGUUGUAGUGUGUUUUAAAGCCAGGUCUGCUGUGUAAGCGCUCCGCCAGCAGUAGAGCAGUAGACAUCUGCUGGACGUCCCGGUCCAGCAUCAACCAAAUGCUUCUGGCUGCUGAACGUCCCAUAUGUGCGGGGCUGUACUCACCCGUGUUAAAGAGAGGUUUAGUAGGUGGGUGUAAAUCCAUUGCGUUUAGAACAAACUCCUUUGGUCGUGCGUUGAACUGAAGUUAGCGGUGCUUUAUCAAGACCUGGCCAAACCACAGACGAGAACCUCUGUUGUCUCCUCACAGAGAGCACACCUUGUUUUUGUCUCUUAUUGUCCCUCCUUUUCAUCUUAUUGUUUUAAGAAUCUGCACUAUUUAAAGCCGAGGCCCAUUCUGAGAUGCCAGUGCAUUUUUGUUUGGUUUGAAGAGAAUGGACCGUGUCCCGUUGAGGCACGAUCCAGGCCCGGAUUCAAGGACACUUCCCGGAGAAGUGGUGCUGGUCCCGCAUCUCUGAUCUCAGUCGCUCCGGAGGAAGAGAGAAACGCCGAACUGAUCCUGAGACGGCAUCUGUGUUAUAUCAAGAGACUCGGGGUGGGGGGGAAACGGGUUCCUCCCGGAAGAAACCGAGGUCCUGAUGAACUCGUGGCCAUUCUUUGUAAACAUGCACUCUGAUUCAAGUUGUGAGAUAAAUUGCAAUACUUACAAUAAACACCAAGAUUGUCAAAAAAA